AUGGCUUUUUUUGAACUCUGUAAAGUGGACAAUUCUGCGAAAAAAUUAUUAUAUUGUGGAGUUCCAGCCUAUUAUGUCUGGAGAAAACACCAGUUUCACAGAAGAAAACAAGGAAAAAUUGUGCCAGGUUAUUUAGGUAUAAAAAAAGAUCAUGUUUUAGGCAGAGUGUAUACUGUUCAUCCUACCAAUACUGAAUGUUAUUACCUCCGUCUUCUUUUGCAUGAAGUUCGCGGUCCAGAGUCAUUUACGGCUUUAAGAACUAUAAAAGAUGUAAUCUAUCCUACAUUUCAAGAAGCUUGCAGAGUAAUGGGAUUGCUCGAAGACGAUGCUCAUUGGGAUCAAACUUUAGCAGAAGUCUCAAUUUCUGAUUCAUCUUACAAAAUACGUGAAUUGUUUGCUGUUAUGUUAGUUUUUUGCCAAGUUGGAGAUCCGAUUAAAUUAUGGGAUAAAUAUCGAGAUAAUUUCACGGACGAUAUUAAAAGACGAAUGAGUAGGAAUCGCGAAAACUCUGAGUUAGAUGUUGAUAUUGUUUACAAUCAAUGUUUGAUUAAUCUUGAAGAUAUGGUCAUUGCUAUGUCAGGUAAGACUCUUUUACAAUUUGGUCUCACUUCACCAUCUCGAGAACAAGAACCUGGUAUUAUUAAUCAACAAUAUUUAAAUGAAUUAGCUUAUGACACUGAUAAGUUAACCAAAGAAGUGAUAAAAAGUGUUCCGAUACUGAAUAAAGAACAGAAAGAAGCAUAUGAAUCUAUAUUGAAUAGUGUCGUUUCUGAUUCUGGACGAUUGUUCUUCCUUGAUGCUCCUGGUGGAACGGGAAAAACAUUCUUGAUUAAUUUGUUGCUUGCGAAAAUGAGAAGUAGAAAAAGUAUUGCUAUUGCUGUUGCUUCUUCAGGAAUUGCGGCUACUUUAAUUGACGGAGGCAAAACAGCUCACUCGACAUUUAAAUUACCUCUUGAAAUGAAUCAUUCUGAUAAUAUUCUAUGCAAUAUUUCAAAGCAGAGUUAUAUAGCUCACGUUAUCAGAGAAGCAAAACUGAUAGUAUGGGAUGAAUGCACUAUGGCUCACAAAAAUGCUAUUGAAGCUCUCAACAGAACUCUUAAGGAUAUAAGAAAUAGUGACCGAAUAAUGGGUGGAAUAACUGUUGUUUUAGCUGGUGACUUCAGACAAACUUUACCUGUUGUACCACGAGGUACACGUGCAGAUGAAGUCAAAGCCUGUCUCAAAUCCUCAUUUUUAUGGCCUCAUGUUAACGUACUGUCUUUGAAAAUUAAUAUGCGCGUUCAUAUACAACAUGAUUUGAGAGCAGAAGAAUUUUCAAAGUUACUCAUUGAUAUAGGGAAUGGACAAAUUUCAGAAGUUGACGGACGAAUAAGUAUUCCGGAUAACCUAGGUGAUAUUGUUGAUGAUUUAACUACAUUAACUGAUAAAAUAUACCCAGAUAUCAAUAAAAUUGGAGUUAAUUGCUCUUCAUGGCUAAAAGAAAGAGCUAUUCUGACUCCAACGAAUCAUUCAGCGAAUAGCAUUAACAACUAUCUUAUAGAAAAGCGAUCAACUAAUCAAAUGAAGUAUAAAUCUAUUGAUACAGUCGUAGAAGUUGAUGAUGCUGUCCAUUAUCCUGUCGAGUUCUUACAUGCACUCAAUCCACCCGGAAUACCAUCUCAUAUUCUCAAUCUUAAAAUUGGAGUACCAAUAAUGUUACUGCGCAAUUUGAAUCCUCCAAAACUAUGUAACGGUACCAGACAACAAGUGAAAAAUUUACAUAAAAAUAUUAUUGAAGCUACAAUUUUAACAGGUAAACAUGAAGGAGAAAUCGUAUUUAUUCCAAGAAUUCCUUUGGUUCCACCUGACUACCAUUUCAACUUCAAACGUCUACAAUUUCCUGUUAGGGUUUGCUAUGCUAUGACUAUCAAUAAAGCGCAGGGGCAGAGUUUAAAAUUAGCUGGUGUAGAUUUGAGACAUGAUUGUUUUUCUCAUGGUCAGUUUUACGUGGCAUGCUCAAGAGUCAGUUCACCGGACAACUUGAUUAUUCUUCAACCAGAAAAAAAGACGAAAAACAUUGUCUACAAGGAAGUUUUAAGUUUGUAA